AAACCGGAUCACCACCGUGCCUAUAAAGCGGCCAUGUUGGUAGGGGCAACGUUCCCAUUGAAGGCAAUGCACGGAAAUUAAUAUUCUCGAUCCGCCACUGGCCCGAAGGCUACUCAUGUGAUCCUUAGAGGCUAUUUGUUGCCCCCACUGAUCAUGUUGGUGACACUCGAUCUCACGACAUUCAAUAAGAAUCAAAAGCAUCAUUGUCUAUAUUUUGGGCAAACAAAUUCAAACUACAGUGUCAAUAAAUAAACCUGUGUGGAAAAAAAACUUCAAGCAGAGGCUGGACUGACUAGGCUACAUAUUCUACCUUUACAAACGUAAUAAUGCUCAGUUUUGAUUGGCACAAUGAUGAGGUAUUCAUUUAACAGUUUGUUAAUUAUUGCCAGUGGCUUUUUUUAUACCCUGGAGGCCUGCAGGCAAGAAGGACCAUAGAACCCCCCAGCCCCCGCCCCCAUAAAAAAAAAAAUAAUAAUAAUAAUUUGAGAAAAAUAAAAUCCAAGAGCUGGAAUUGAAAGUUGUGCCCCGAAUGAUAGAGGCAUAGUAUCAAUGUCGGUUCAUUAUUUUGGAAUGAAUUAAUUGGGUGAUUUCUCUUCAGAGCUAAUAGUGCAAUUCAACUGUGUGUUGUUUUGCAUUGACAAUAAUGCUCAUAGUGCUCAUCUUACUUACACAAUUUACUUUGUCACACUCUAAUCCAAUCGCACUCUUAACAUUUCAUUGGCUGAUUUGUAGUGUGUCCCAAGUGUCUGCAAGUACCGGUUUGUGCAUUGGAUGCAACAGGCCACUGUGCGGAGGGAUAUGAUAAGGUGCUUAAGGUUGAAAUAAUAAUGGACUAUUUCAACCCUGGAAAUAAUGUACAUAUUUUUUACUUUCUUAUUCUGCUUAUACUUGUUUCAUUAAGUAUGUACUUAAUUGCAGAGGUCAGAGAAAUUGAUAAGUAAGCAUGCUUCAUAUUACAAGCUAAUACAUACAAUGUAAUGUUAGGCACAGUUGAUUGGAGGCAUGGCAUCUGUUUGUUUGGAGGCCACAUGGCUGAGGAAAUACAUUGUGGGCUGUACAAUACUGUACAAGUAGACUUCAGUUAUUUGAACCGUAAGUGGGAAAGUAAAUUCCUUGUGUGUUUUACAUAUUUGGCUAAUACGUCUGACUUUGAAAUACAGUGUACAAUUUGCACACACUCACCCAAGCGCACUUUCGCGCACACACAUACACACACACACAUGCACACACCAGUCACUACUUUCCCCAGAAGAGCUAGGACAGUUAAAUUUGCACAGGUAGCAGAAGGUGGAUGCAAAUCCCUGUCAGGAGCAGGGCUGAAUAAUGAUUAAAGGGGAUUAGGAGGAGGGUCAUUGCUUGGCUAGUAGUGCUUGUGGCUGCCUUUAUACAAUCUGUCUGUCUACUACUACAAUCAUUGUGCUACCAUACUCCUUGCUUUAUUUGAGCAUGCCUUGAAGACACAAAGAAAAAGAUGAAUUGGAAAAAUUACUUGAACCUUUCUGUUAAUCGCUAAGCAGGUUAAGGUAAGUGGACGGACAAGGGACAGCUUAUCACCCGAUGAUUUUUAUUGAACAUUUUUAUUGACAUUGUAAGGUGCUUUUUCAUUUCGGAAGUAUAAAGACGGCUUUGAUAUUUGGUAAUGUUUGUUGCCAGAGCAUGUACAAUAGUGUGUGAGAUACAAAAUCAACAGCGUCAACACAAACAGGCUAAGCUGCUUAUGAAAGGACCCUUGGCACUUUCUACAUCUUCUCAGCAAAUCGACAGCUCCUGUUCUUGAAUUACUAUCUUCAUCCGUCCACGGGGAAAACAAAUCAGCCGAUAUAAGCAAUGGCCGUUUUGAAAGUGACCUUUACCAAGACCAGGAGGGACAAACUAGCUCAGGCGCUUUGGAUACUAAAUUGGAUCUCCGUGGUGACGGGCGUGAUCCUUUUCAGCCUGGGCCUCUUCCUGAAAGUGGAGCUCAACAAGCGGUGGGAGCUGAUGGCUGACACGGACAUUCAGUAUGUUCCCAACAUGCUCAUAUCCGUCGGCCUCAUUGCCUGUGCCAUUAACUUCCUUGGUGGGAAGAUUUGCUACGACUGCGUCGACACAGCCAAGUUCCUCCGCUGGAAGCUAAUCAUGUUGCCCUACAUUGUAUGUACCUUCUUCUUUACCUUCUGCGUGCUGGUGGGGGCUCUCAUGUGCUACACCAUGCAUUGGGAGCUGGAUGAGUCACUGCGAGAAGGCCUAAGCAAGGCCAUGAAGUACUACAAGGAUACGGACACACCGGGAAGAUGCUUCCUGAAGCGUGCCGUGGACAUGCUUCAGAUAGAGUUCCAGUGCUGCGGCAACAAGGCUUAUAAAGACUGGUUCCGAAUCCAGUGGAUCAGCAACCGAUACCUGGACAUGUCUCACAGAGAAGUGGUUGAUCGCCUGAGGAGCAACGUGGAAGGCAAGUACCUGAUGGACGGCGUCCCUUUCAGCUGCUGCAAUGUCAACGCCCCGCGGCCGUGCAUCCAGCAUCAAAUUAGCAACAACUCGGCCCACUUCAACUAUGACCACAACACGGAGCAGCUCAACCUGUGGCCCAAUGGGUGUCACCAGGUUCUCCUGGACUACUACUGCGGCAUCGUACACUCCAUCGGCCUCACAGUUCUCAUCACAUGGCUCUUUGAGCUGUCGGUGUUGACGGGCGUGCGUUACCUCCAGACAUCCUUGGAGAACAUGCUGAGACUUGGAGACCCCGACUGCGAGUCUGACGGCUGGUUGCUAGAGAACAGCUUCAUAGAAACGGCUCGAAUCAACCUGAACAUCAUCAAAACCCUCAGCAAGAACAAUCACGUGGACACCGCCAACAACGGGGACCCCAACAUCAACGUACCUUCCACUUCCAAAGCUCGCUACGGGCCAGACAAUGUGCCUCCCCAGCAAAUAUCUGUAGCCAGCUGACCAGGAAUUGUUAAAUAGUCUGGCCUGCGGAAAAUACCAAUGUGGAAAAUAGUCAUUUUUAUUUGUUGGAGCAGAAAGGACAAUUUAUACGUCAUAGUGUACAUCCAUUUUUCAAGCUGCUUACUUGGUAAGCUGACCUAUUGUCUCAGUCAAAAGCCUUUUUAGUGCCGGGUAAAAAACAUCCUGCCUCUGACACUUAAGGGGUUACAGUACAGUCUGGUCGUGGAUGCUGUGGCCUUGCCUUGCCUCACUCUCCACACACCACCUGAAGGAACUUUUGUCGAUGAGUACGUUGUAAUGUUUUUGUUGAUGAAACGUUUUGUCAUGCAAGAUUUCGGAGAAUUUUUGUGUGCUGGUCAAAGAAACUGCAUGAUGCCUUUUUGAACUUGAAGAGGUUGUAUUGUUCUCAAGUUUACAUCCACUCACCGUCCAACCGCAUGUUUUGAAUUGAUGUUUUUGGGAGGUAGAACGGUUGUAAAGACUAUAAUGAUAAAAUGUAUUGGGAGACCAGGUCACGUGGACACUUGAAAAUUGAGGAAAGUAACUAAUUUGUCAACAAUUUCCACGUUUUCGAGUGUCAUUCUGACCACGAUGUCUCUUCACCUAACAAGAAGUCACUGCUGUUGAACUCCAGCGAGGGUUUAUAUAAGUGUGCUCACCUAUGACUGUUCAGAAUUAACCAAUCCUAUUCCACUCUUGUUAAAUGGGAGUCUGUAGACAAUCGUCACCAUUUAAAGUGCCUCUGAUUAGCCCAAAAUAAAGUUAAGAUGAUUUACUUUCCA